UUAUCGUUCUUUAGACUGCAAGUUUCUGGCUCUGCUCAAGUCAGACACAUUCACGGCGGAUACGCAAGGAUUUCCUGGUAACUUAGAUUUCUAGCAGGAUCAAUGGAGGGACGGAGGGGUGGUGAGGUGUUGCGGGAAGGUACGAGUCUGAGGGGGAAAGACAUCAUUUCUGAGUUGUUACUCGUUGACGAACCUGCGCCCGUCCCAUGCAACAGGUUUCAGACAAGUGUGCCCCUGGAGAGGAUGUCGGACCGGGAGAUCAGCAGACGGAUCGAGCUGCUGACCGGCUACAGCACGGAACGGCUGCAGGAGCUGAGGCAGGGAGGGCCGCCACUGGAGGGGCACAGGCUCCGCGUGCUCGCACAUCUGCUUAUAGCUAAGGCAAACGGAACCACAAAUGCACAGGAGGAUAGCAGGCGAUCUACUGUCCCAGAGUCAAGUGUUUCGGAACGCCAAACGGUGCCUGUGAUCGGUGCUCUUUUGGCUCUCCUGUUUGCUUACCUGAUGUAUGCAUAUUUAGAUAGGUUUGGGCCCCCAAUUACAAAGCCAAAAAGUCCAAUUCCAACUAGUCCAAUUCCAACUAUCGAUCCAACCCCAAUUCAAAUCCCAGUCCCAACUCCUUCUCCAAUGACAAUCUUUGAAACCCGAUUUUCCCACCUGACUCAAAAAUUCUCUGAACAGAAAGCAGACGUUUUCGAUACCCUCAAACCCAAACUUAUUCCCGUCGUUAAUCAGGAAGGAAGCUCCCUUCUGGCUAUCGCAGGUCCGAGUCCAAGCGCCAGAGCAAUGGCAGAAUCCAUCCCGUGGGCCCUGUCCAAACCUUCCAUCAGCAUAGGUCCUCUUCAGUUUAAAAGCUUAGGUACUGAACACCGAAACCACGUCAUCAAUGACGUCAUAAAGGUGUGGUCAGAGCGUCCUGAUGAGGUGAUGAUCCUGCGCGAAGCAGACAAGCUCCCACCUGACGUGUUGGAUGUGAUCGUGGAGGGGUGCCGCACAGCCAGGAGCAAAAACGCCGUCAUCAUAUCAACAGGAGAGGGACCAGGGAUGAACGGACUGUCGGGCUGUGGUGAGGUGACUGCAGUGGACGUGACGAGAGAGACCCGACUGGCACAACCUCCAGCUAUAAUAACUGGAGACCACGAAGCCUCCAUCAGCGUGUUGAAGAAAACCUUCCCGUCCCAGUCAGCACGGCUAUGGCAGGUCUCAGACUUCGUCAUCAGCAGCCACCUGCAGGACAGGGAUCCCCGUCAGCCCGCCAUGCUCAUCCUGGCCGGGCUGCCAGGCUCCAACAGAACUGUCAAUCAACUGGCGGAGAGCUUGGCCAGGAUCUACUCCGAGGAACCCCUCGUGAUAAACAGUCGCCAGUACAGCCGGGUGGACCCAGCCCGGGGCAAGCUCCACCUGGACCGGGCCCUGGACUCUGCGUUCCGCGGGGGCAGACGGGCCGCCGUCCUGACGGAGCUGGACACCCUCCCGCCCCUCUCCGCCAUGAUGCUCCACUCCUACUGCGACCACGACAACGCGCAGUAUAAAGACGUGGCUUACUUCAUGACACUACAAUUAAGGGAGUCCGUAGACCCAGGCCUGACCGGCGCCCAGCAGGACAGGGUGGUGCGGGAACACCUGCGGGAGGCGUGGGCAGAACUGGGCGGGGAGAAGCGGGAUCCCCUGAUCAGCCGGGUCGCCACCAUGAUCGUUCUAGUCCGACAGGAAGAUCGCUUUGAUGUAGAUGUCUAA